AUGGAAGAAUACCAGCAUGACAGCAGCUCCAAUCCUAAUAGAAUGAGCUCUCUUAUCCCUCAAACGACCGAUAAUUGCUUCCGAUCCGAUAAUGAUCAGCCCAACACCUCUGUUAAAUCCGAAGCGAGCUCCUCAAGGAUCAAUCACUACUCUAUGUUGAUGAGAGCCAUCCACAAUACUCAAGAAGCUAACAACAACAACGUUAACGAUAUGGAAGCCAUGAAGGCCAAGAUCAUGGCUCAUCCCCACUAUUCUACCCUCCUACAAGCUUACUUGGACUGCCAAAAGAUAGGAGCCCCACCUGAGGUUGUUGAUAGAAUUACGGCGGCGAGGCAAGAUUUCGAGUCGCGGCAGCAGCGGUCAACGUCCGCGUCGUCCAGAGACCCCGAAUUGGAUCAAUUCAUGGAAGCAUACUGUGACAUGUUGGUUAAAUAUCGGGAAGAGCUAACACGGCCCAUUCAAGAAGCAAUGGAGUUUAUACGUCGUAUUGAAUCUCAGCUUAGCAUGUUGUGUCAGGGCCCCAUUCACACCCUUAACAAUCCUGAUGGGAAAAGUGAGAGAAUGGGAUCAUCAGACGAAGAACAAGAGAAUAACAACAGCGGUGAGGAAACAGAAUUACCAGAAAUAGACCCGAGGGCCGAAGAUCGGGAACUCAAGAACCACUUGCUGAAGAAGUACAGUGGAUACUUGAGCAGUCUUAAGCAAGAACUGUCCAAGAAAAAGAAGAAAGGCAAACUUCCCAAAGAAGCAAGGCAGAAGCUUCUUACGUGGUGGGAGUUGCAUUACAAGUGGCCGUAUCCUUCUGAGUCUGAGAAGGUGGCAUUAGCUGACUCAACUGGGUUAGAUCAGAAACAGAUCAAUAAUUGGUUCAUAAACCAAAGAAAACGUCACUGGAAACCGUCUGAAGACAUGCAGUUCAUGGUGAUGGAUGGUCUGCAACACCCGCACCACCACGCAGCUUUAUACAUGGACGGUCAUUACAUGGGCGAUGGACCUUAUCGUCUCGGCCCAUAA